UGUCGCUUAUGUUAUUACUGACACAUUACAACAUGUGGCACUUAUUAGGACAGACUGGAAACACUAGAAUUAAUUAAUAAACACUUUGAAAACGUCAACUUUUAUCACAAAAGCAUGAUCCAAAACUUUGAGCAAACGAAAUCAACUUGCACACACGAGCACACGAACAUCAAUGACGUCACUUCAGUACCGGCAAAUCCGGUCCGGAAAUUGCGCCCCUAGCGGCGUUUCUCUCAAGCUCUUUGCCAACCAAACCUAACCUAUAAAUCAUCAGGGAAAAUGUCAAUAUUUACGAAAUAAACAAAAACCACAAUAUAAAUAUUAUUAAUAGUAAUUAAAAAACAAUUAUUUUAAAUAUUUUUAAAGUGAAAAGCGAUUUUUCUGUUAUAAAUAUCAGUGAUAAUAUCAAAAUUUGUCUUUUAAUUUUAAUACAUUUUGUAAAAAUGUUGGUUUUACUAAUGUUACUAUAAUUAUCGAAGGGGAAUUUUAAUAUUGUAUACAUAAAAUAGUUUAAAAAGUUAAAAAUUAAUAAAGAUAUAUAUUUAAAUUGAUAAUUCCAUUUAGUAUAUAUUUUGAAAAAAACAUAAUGCCACCCUCACCGUACGUGUCACGAAUUAAUCAAAUCGACGCUCAACAAUUAGAUCACGAAAUCUAUGAAAUUUUUCGCACUCAAUCGAAACAAAUAACAAAAGAUGUACGACCAGGAAUUAUUGACAAAUGGCAACCAGAAAUUGACGUUUUUAUUAAAUUUCUAAUUUGGUUUUAUUCUUUAAGAAAAGGAGAUGCGACAUUCGGACAGCAACUUUUAAAUUUAAAAUACAAUGGAAUUAAUCAGAGAAAGGCCAUUAUUCAUUUUUUACUUGCAAAUUUACCAAGAUAUAUCCAAGAGCGUGUUAUAGAUUCACAGUACAUUAUAAUAUCACGUGACAAAAAAUUAAAAAACUACUUUGAAUGGACAGCGAACAUUAUUCGUAUUAUCGAAUUAGUAAAUUUAAUAUUAUUCCUCCAUCGAGGAACACAACCAAAUUUAAUUGAACGAUUAUUAGGAAUUUCCAGUCAAUCGUCAAUAACAAAUAGACCAAGGAACAUUGGAUAUUCUUACAUGACGAGGGAAUUACUUUGGCAUGGUUUAAUUGAAUUAUUUACAAUUGGUCUGCCAAUGGUGAAUUUUUACUACAUCAAACAAAAAUGGAAUCAAUUGUGGAUGAAAACGAGAGGUGAGAGAAAAAUUGUCAACAUUCGACCUUUAUUGGAUUUAAUGACUAAUUGUCCUCAUUGUUAUCAGAGGCCAAUUUUACCAAGACACGCAGGUUGUCGGCAUAUUUUUUGCUAUUAUUGUUUGCAGGCAUAUUUCACCGCAACUGAUACGUUUCCUUGUCCCGAGUGUGGGACAAAUUUACAUUCUUGCAAUAUGCUCUCAGUUUAAUUUAUUUUACUUUUCUUACAAUAGCAAUUAUUGUACAAUAUCUAUUCUAUAAUUUUGAAAUUUUAAAAAAUGUUAUUUAAUUUUUAAACGGGUUUGUAAAUAAUAUAAAGAACUUUUUUAUAAUUGUAAAUAGUUGUAAAUUUGUUGACUUUUUUAAAAUUAAGUUAAAAUUUUUUCUUAAAUUCAAGACUAGAUAAGAAAAAUGGAGUGAAUUCAUGAAUAACAGAAGAAAUUUUCUAAAAAAAAACUACGGAGAGAAACGAUAAUUUUCUAAUAGGGCGUGCAAAGACUGUUUUUAUUAAAAAGUAGCAAUACAAAAUCUUUUUUUUUUUAAUUCUCUCAAUACAUCUCUGCUCAAGGCUUUCAAUAAUGAGUUUUUUUUAAAUUUUUUUCGAACAAAUAAUAAUAAUAAAUCAAUUCAGAGUAGAUCUGUAGUUUAUCAAAAUAUUACAUUGUGUAUAAUAUAUCAUAUAAAAAUAUCAUGCUGCACUAUUAUAAAACGUAUACCGCUGCUUAGAUAUAUCUAUUAUUAAUAUUAUUAUUAUUAUUUAUAUAAUAUAUUACUAGUUGCACCUAGAUGGGCGGGUACGUCCCUUGAUUAGUAUCGUAUAUAUAUAUUAUAAUCGGUAAUAGUAAAAAAAUUUACAAACAAUAUCCAUUCCUUUAAGUAAUCGUUAUUGCGUGGAAUGUUGAUUAUAAUACAAUUUCUUUACAAUGCUGGCUUUCGGGGCACUUUUACCUUCAAAAAGAAAUAAUUUAUUCCUACAAUUGCUCAUUUGUAAUAUUUGUUUUUUUUUAAAUCCAGAGACUAGAUAACGCAAUGAGAGUAAAGAACUUUAAUUUCGCCAGCGAAUUCUCGAAACCUGUUUAUUAUUCUUUGAAAAGAUUUUUUCGAUUUUAAAAAAAUAGUUUACAUUACUGAUUUAAAAUUUAUUUUAUUGACUUUAUUUUAUUAGGGAAAUAUUUUCUCGACUUGUCAAAUAUAGGAUUUGGUUUUUUUUUAAAUUUAUAAAUUAACGAUGCAAAAAGGUAAUAAGUAAUUAAUCAGGAAGCUCUAAUAGAAGCCUGUCCGGUCAGUCUGAUUACGUUUGCGUUCCUACGGACACGCAAUUUUAUUAUCUAAACUCUCUUAAUAUAUCAAGAACCUUUUUUUUUGCAUUUCGUAUUACAUAAAUUUGUUUUUCUUGUACAUUCCAUUACGUGAGUCGAGAAAUUCUCUUUUAUUUGAAUUUAAAUCGAUAAAAAUCCAGAGAAAUAAUUUUGUCGAUUUAUUUCAAAGAAAAUAAUUUUCCCCUGCAAAAAAAAAACUUGCACUUGUUGAGACUCUUUUUCGUGGAAAAUAUUUUUUUGUGAAAAAACGAAGUUAUAAAAAUUUUACAAAAUUUUUACAAUCGUCGACAUUUACUAUCUCGUCAUUUUUUCCACUUUAUCUCAACAAUCCCAAGAGGAAAUGCAAGCAAUUACGCUUUUUAUAAAUAUAAAUGAAAUCUACAUGGGGGAAAAA